UGUACACAACCCAAAACUUCGGGCAUGCGCAGUCUUCUUUAUCCUCUCAACGAGGCAAAAUGGCAACUCAUUUGUUGAAGGUCACGAAUAAUCUUUCAAAAGUGCUAGCCAAAUCAACACGAUUACAGUUUGCUGCUUAUCCUGCCAGUAAACGAUGGAGAUCAGCUCAGGCCGCUUCCUAUGAAGAUACCAUCCUCAAUGUACCUGAAACAAAAGUAUCCGUUCUAGACAAUGGUGUAAAAAUUGCAACUGAAGACUCUGGAAUCCCUACCUGCACUGUUGGUUUGUGGAUAGAUGCUGGUAGUAGAUGGGAAAAUGAGAAAAAUAAUGGCGUCGCUCAUUUCUUGGAACAUAUGGCAUUUAAAGGGACGCAACGAAGAUCUCAGACCGACCUUGAACUUGAAGUAGAAAAUAUGGGUGCUCAUCUUAAUGCCUAUACCUCUAGAGAACAGACUGUUUAUUAUGCCAAAUGUUUCUCUCAAGAUUUACCUAAAGCUGUAGAUAUCUUAUCAGAUAUUAUCCAGAAUAGUAAACUAGGUGAAGAAGAGAUCGAGAGAGAACGAGGAGUUAUUCUACGAGAAAUGCAGGAAGUAGAAACAAAUCUACAGGAAGUAGUUUUCGAUCAUCUUCAUGCCACAGCCUUCCAAGGAACAGCUCUAGGAAGAAGUAUUCUAGGCCCAACAAAAAAUAUUCAAACUAUAAAUAGAAAUGAUUUAGUAGAGUAUGUCAAUUCACAUUAUAAAGGUCCUAGAAUAGUCUUAGCAGCUGCUGGAGGAGUAAACCAUGAUGCUUUAGUAAAAUUAGCUGAUCAACAUUUUGGAAAUAUAACAGCUGGUUAUGAUACUGAUAUACCUCUAAUGGAACCAUGUAGAUAUACUGGCAGUGAGAUUCGUGCCAGAGAUGACAACAUGCCAUUUGCCCAUGUAGCGUUAGCUGUAGAAGGAGCAGGUUGGUCUAAUGCUGACAACAUCGCGCUGAUGGUUGCAAACACACUCAUUGGUAGCUGGGACCGUUCUUUUGGAGGUGGACCUAAUCUUGCCAGUCCACUGGCUUCUCUUUGUGCUGAAAAUAACUUAUGUCAUAGUUUUCAGUCCUUCAAUACCUGUUACACCGACACUGGGCUGUGGGGAUGUUAUUUUGUAAGUGAUAAAUUACAUAUAGAAGAAAUGUGCUACUAUAUUCAACAAGAAUGGAUGAGACUAUGUACUAGCGUAACUGAUUUUGUAUUAAUAUUAACAGGAUGA